AUGGCCCCGGGCUGCACGCUGGUGCUGGUGCUGAUGCUGAUGACUGCAGGAGCAGUUCCUGUGCCCUCUGCCUCCAGGGCCCUCCCACCUGCCAGGGGCUGCCACAUGGCCCAGUUCAAGUCUCUGUCCCCUCAAGAGCUGCAGGCCUUCAAGACGGCCAGGGAUGCCUUUGAAGACUCGCUCUUGCAGAAGGACUGGGACUGCAGCGGCCGCCUGUUCCCCAGGACCCGGGACCUGAAGCACCUGCAGGUGUGGGAGCGCCCCGUGGCUCUGGAGGCAGAGCUGGCCCUGACUCUGACGGUCCUGGAGGCCAUGGCUAACUCGUCCCUGGGCCACACCCUGGAGCAGCCCCUUCUCACGCUGCAGCACAUCCACUCCAAGCUCCAGGCCUGUGUCCCAGCUCAGCCCACAGCAGGCCCCAGGCCCCGGGGCCGCCUCCACCACUGGCUGCACCGGCUCCAGGAGGCCCAAAAGAAGGAGUCCCAGGACUGCCUCGAAGCCUCCGUGAUGUUCAACCUCUUCCGCCUCCUCACCCGGGACCUGAAAUGUGUUGCCAGUGGAGACCAGUGUGUCUGA